ACUGCUCUGCGUUAUGCAGUAUCUGAGGGCAAUGUGGAUGAAGUUAUCAACCUUCUCUCCCUCCCGAACCCACCCGACCUAAAGGCGCCUACGGAGCCCAGAAUUCUCUCUAUUGCGGCACGCAAAGGCAAGCUGACUUUUUUUGAGAUUGUGCUAUUUCCUUAA